AUGGCAACACCCAAGCAGGCAGUGAAGAAGGCAUCGAAGGGCGGGAGCAGCCGCUCUGUGAAGGCGGGGUUGAUCUUCCCUGUGGGUCGCGUUGGUACGCUGCUGCGCCGCGGACAGUAUGCCCGCCGCAUCGGUGCUUCUGGCGCUGUGUACAUGGCGGCUGUGCUGGAGUACUUGACUGCCGAACUGCUGGAGCUAUCCGUGAAGGCUGCUGCCCAACAGACGAAGAAGACGAAGCGCUUGACGCCACGCACAGUAACCCUUGCUGUACGCCACGACGACGACCUUGGUGCGUUGCUGCGCAACGUGACCAUGUCCCGCGGAGGUGUGAUGCCGAGCCUCAACAAAGCUCUGGCGAAGAAGCAGAAGAGCGGAAAGCACGCGAAGGCGACGCCAAGCGUCUAG